GCCAGGCAGCCAGAGGGACGAGACCCGGGUGGACGCCGUGUGCACCUACAGGAAGGAGCCCUUGGCUGCAGCCUUGGACAGGGUGGGCCUGUACCACCAAGUGAGCAACAAGACCAGAGGCAUCAGCCAGCUGGGCCCCUACAGCUUGGACAAGGACAGCCUCUACGUCAACGGCUACAACGAACAGCCAGUCCUGCCCACUCCCACCCACCCACCACCGACAGCUGCCACCCUCGAGCGUUUCACCGUCAACUUCACCAUCACCAACCUCCCCUACAAUUCUGACCUGGAGAAUCCAGACUCAGCAAGGUUCAAGUCUGCACAGCGUGUUAUGAACACCUUGCUCGACCACCUGCUGAAGGACACCAGCAUUGGCCCCGAUUUCCAGGGAUGUGAAACAACAGCCUUCAGGCCAGGCAGCCAGAGGGACGAGACCCGGGUGGACGCCGUGUGCACCUACAGGAAGGAGCCCUCGGCUGCAGCCUUGGACAGGGUGGGCCUGUACCACCAAGUGAGCAACAAGACCAGAGGCAUCAGCCAGCUGGGCCCCUACAGCUUGGACAAGGACAGCCUCUACGUCAAUGGCUACAACGAACAGCCAGUCCUGCCCACUCCCACCCACCCACCACCGACAGCUGCUGCCCUCGAGCGUUUCACCGUCAACUUCACCAUCACCAACCUGCCCUACAAUUCCGACCUGGAGAAUCCAGACUCAGCAAGGUUCAAGUCUGCACAGCGUGUUAUGAACACCUUGCUCGACCGCCUGCUGAAGGACACCAGCAUUGGCCCCGAUUUCCAGGGAUGUGAAACAACAGCUUUCAGGCCUGGCAGCCAGAGGGACGAGACCCGGGUGGACGCCGUGUGCACCUACAGGAAGGAGCCCUCGGCUGCAGCCUUGGACAGGGUGGGCCUGUACCACCAAGUGAGCAACAAGACCAGAGGCAUCAGCCAGCUGGGCCCCUACAGCUUGGACAAGGACAGCCUCUACGUCAACGGCUACAACGAACAGCCAGUCCUGCCCACUCCCACCCACCCACCCCCAACAGCUGGUGCCCUCGAGCGUUUCACCGUCAACUUCACCAUCACCAACCUGCCCUACAAUUCUGACCUGGAGAAUCCAGACUCAGCAAGGUUCAAGUCUGCACAGCGUGUUAUGAACAUGUUGCUCGACCGCCUCCUGAAGGACACCAGCAUUGGCCCCGAUUUCCAGAGAUGUGAAACAACAGCCUUCAG